CUGGUGGAGCCUGGAACCCGUGAUCUACACUCUCUGCUGGACUACUGUAAUGGCUGCCACAUGGGGCUGCCCUCCAAGAUAGUCUGGAGGCUGCAGCCAGCAUAGAAUGCCACUGCUAGGUUUCUACAUGGGAUAGCAAGUAGGUAAAAAGGUAAAGGUAAAGGACCCCUGGACGGAUAAGUCCAGUCAAAUGCGACUAUGGGGUUGUGGUGCUCAUCUUGCUUUCAAGCCGAGGGAGCCGGUGUUUGUCCACAGACAGCUUUCCGGGUCAUGUGGCCAGCAGGACUAAACCGCUUCUGGCGCAACAGAGCACCGUGAUGGAAACCAAAGCGCAUGGAAACGUCGUUUACCUUCCCGACGCAGUGGUACCUAUUUAUCUACUUGCACUGGCAUGCUUUCGAACUGCUGGGUUGGCAGGAGCUGGGACAGAGCAACAGGAGCUCACCCCAUCGCGGGGAUUCGAACCGCCGACCUUCUAAUCGGCAAGCCCAAGAGGCUCAGUGGUUUAGACCACAGCACCACCCACGUCGCUAUUGAUAGCAAAUAGAGAUCCCAUUGCACUGUUUCUUAGAGCUCACAGCACUGGCUGCCUAGGCUCAAUUCAAAGUCUUGGUGCAGAAGGUCAUAUAUUAUCUGCAGUCUAAGCACAGGUACUCUUUCAAGUACUCUUGAAGACAUUAAAGCAUGGGCCAGAGAGGCCCUGUUCUUGGUACCAUCAGUGGAAAAUCCCAUAGGACAAUGGCACAAGGAAGGAACUUCUCAGAGGCUGCCCUCAAACUAUGGAAUUCACUCCGAACUGAAAUUGAGUUUUUCACACACACACCCCAGGCCUUUGGUCAUUAGCUGCAGACAUUUUAACAGGCCUCUCUUCUUCUUGAGGGAGCGGUUACCAUGUUCUGCUUCCUUGCCUGCCUGUUAGUCCUUGUACGGGAAAUGCCAAGUAGGCCAACGAAGGAAACGGGAUCUACAGCUGCUGGAGAUGCGAAAAUCCUUUUCCAGUUGAAGCCGAACGCUUGGAAGGAAAAUGUCAACCUCAGUAGCCUGUCCUGUGGGGAUCUGCGUGCCCAGACAUGGGCCUACUUCCGCCACAGAAAUCAGAGUCUGACUUCUUUCCCUGCCUGCCUGCCUGAGCUUCUGGAGCAUUUGGACCUGAGUGUCAACCUCUUGCCUGAAUUCAACAGCCAGGAGGUGGCUGACUUGCCAAUGUUGCAAUUCCUCUCCCUGAGGCAGAAUAAGAUUCAGCAAGUGACAUGGGAUGCCAGGAACCUCAGCCGCCUCCAGUUCCUGGACCUGAGCUACAAUUUGCUAUCAGUUGUGCCCGCAUGCAAUGCAUCUGUUCUGCAAAACCUCGAGUGGUUUUCUCUAGCUGGAAACCCCAUUGUCGAAAUCCAGCCAUUGGCUUUUUCCUGCUAUCCUCAGCUGCAUAUCCUGAACUUGUCUUCUACUUGGCUGGGGAAGGAUGGGAAAGAGGGGAUUAAGGAAUCUGCCUUUGCAACAAUCUUCCUGCCUGGGGACGCCACCGAAAAUGCAGGAAGUGAUAUCCACAUGCUGGACCUGAGCGCAACCUAUCUGGAGAGAUUGCAUCAGAACUGGACCAAAGAUCUGCCCAGGCUCUCAUCCCUUUAUUUAAGAAAAAUGGGCAGGCUGAGCAGCCUUGAUGUCGACACCUUCCUGCAUCUUCCUGAGCUGAGGGUAUUGGACUGCCGAUAUUCCCGUGCCCUCAGUCUGGUGGAAACAGAGUCUUUCAGCCACACGCCUCACUUGGCUUUCCUCAUAUUCCAAAACUGCAAUUUGAGCUCUUUCAGUCCAUGGAGUCUCAGCUCACUGCAAAAUGUAAGGAUCGACCUCUAUGGCAACCCUUUGGUGUGUAGUUGUGAUCUUUCCUGGCUGUUCUCCAAGCCAGACAGAAUACUUCUACAGAGGGCAUCAGAAAUUUUGUGCUACCCAGAGGCCAAAGCAGCAUCUGGAGGUAUGCUGCUGUCCGAGUUCUACACAGAGUGCCAAAGGCAAAGAAUUUCCAACUCCACUCAAGUCAAGCUUUAUGGUACGUCUCCCAGCUUCACGACAGACACCCUUCCAGACUCCAGUACAUUUCCCCAAGAAUGGCCCAGCAGCCCUUCUUCUCCUCAGUGCCCUCAUUUGACUUGGGGAGAUACAGCAAAGGAGGCUCCAACCGAACCAGACAUUCUUGCCUACAAAGAUAAAACAUUUGGCAGAUCUACAGACAGCCCACCCACCGCAGCAGCUCUUCACACAGCAGCUUCUUCAAGAACUCUGGGGGAACUCUCUUUUGAUCCAACCCCAGUGAGCAUGACUGAAAUGAAUCAAAGGAAACACGACACCACAGUAGUGGAUGGUUUGAUUGGCCACAAGGACGAAACAUGGUCCCACUUCACUCCGCUCAGUCCUACAGCAGAAGAAACAGCGGCAGAUUCUUCUCUGUUGAUCCCACACAAUACGGUAAGGCCAGCUCAGUCUACACCACCACUGCAAAGCCCCACCAAAGCAGUCCCUCUUCUGAAUCUUGCAACCACUCGUAACAGUCCAAGAUCUUAUGAAGAUUAUUAUGACUACGAUAAGCAGGCGGAGGAAUUCGUGGCUCAGGGCCUUGGGCCUUGUGAUUACGAUCCAUGCAGACACCUCCAAAAGCCUUGCUUUGAUCUCCAGUUGUUGUCUCCUUGCCUGUGCCCGGGGAUCUCUGAUGAAUUCACCAUCCCAGAUCCUCCGAGGCUCCGCGAGAUAUCUGAAAUUAGGGACACUUCAGCAGAGGUCUGCUGGUGUGCCCCAUAUUCAGCAGUAAGGUUCUACCAGCUUGCUUACCGCCCUCAGGACAGCCAGAAUUUCACUGUAUCUGGAGAGAUUUAUGCCACGGCUAGGCGAUACACACUGUACAAUCUCCUGCCUGGCUCAACUUACCAAGUGUGCAUAAUGGCUUCAAACAAGGCAGGAUUGAGCCAGACUGCAGAUUGGAAUGAGCCCAGUUCUCCAUGUGGUUCCUUUAAAACAAAGUCCAGCUACAAAUCUAUCUUUGCCACUUUGUGUGCAACGAGUGGAUUCUUUCUUAUUGCUACCAUCUUGCUGUCAGUGUGUCUCUGCAAAAAGUGUAAAGGACCCCACACUGAGCAUUAUAAUACACACCUUGUCUCGUAUAAAAACCCUGCUUUUGAUUACUCCUUAAAAUAAAGGUGAACAGGAUUGGCAAAAAAAAUAAUCUAUUUGAUGGCAUUUGCCUUUUUGUACAGCAAAAGGGACGAAAACAGUUUAAAAUACCUUUCCUGCUCUGUGAGCUUCUUUCCAGAAUUUAAAUUGUUGUUUGCAUAAGUACAGUAAAUAAAUAAAUAAAUAGGAGAAAUAGGCAACAGGAAAGUAUUUCUUUGCUUUUGAAAGUGUCUUUAAAAAACUAAAGUAUUCAUUAAGACUUUUUUGAACACGGUUAUUGGAAAUUAGUUUUGGAAAAAUGGAAGGGUUGAAUCUAAAUUUUCGGGGGGGGGGGGGCAAUUCCACCCCCAUUUUUCCUUCUCCCUGCAGCUCCCUAAAGUACCUUCCACUUCCUCCAAUGUUGGCCAUGAGCCUGCUGCCAGAAAAUUGAGCCCCAGUCAGAUGCUGCUACCACCUUCUUUAACGUGACUCAUUAGUGGAAUCCUGCCCAUUGUGUCCCUUGCACAAUGCCAUGUUAUGAAUUUCAAUCCUACAUCAGGUUUCAGAACAAAAUAUUGAGCGUGCAAUUUUUCAUCACUAUAUUGGCUUUACAUGGGCUGAAAAGCUUUUUUGCAAGAUUGUUGUUCCUAGCAGCACCCUCUAUUUAUCUGGAACAGCCUGGUUAUGUGAUUAUGAUGUUGUGAUCUGCAGUAUCAAAUAAGUGGUCAGGCUGAAAGCAGAUGCACACAGUAGUGAAAAGAGAUAAGGCUAAGUUAAUACCAGCAGCAGCUAGAUUAAUCUACCAGUGAGAUAAAGAUACUAGAAUAAAUGUGUAGAAGCCACAUUAGAAAGCCAAUCCAUCUUCACAUUAUUCCUACCAUAGGAGUUGGAUAACAACUAGCAGCACAAUUAGACACCAAUAGUUGAGUCAUAGAAAAAUUUAUUUUAAAAGUGCAGAGGCACUGACUAUGGACAAGCCUUCACAUCAUUUUUCAGUUCUCUUUAAAACAUUUGAGACAUGUGGUAUCUAUUGUUGUCCAGUUGUAAGAAUGUACCUGAGUGCUUCUACAGUACAUCAUGCUCUAUUUUGUCUUGAUAAACUUAAAAAGCUUCUUUAUCUUCUUACACUGCAACACAAUUGGACUGCAGCAUUCUGAGGUUACAUAAACUAUCAAGUAUCUUUUCAAUAUAAUUUCUUUAUACAAGUUAGAAUAUAUCAAACAUAUUAAAAUUGUUUUUAUACUCCA